AAAGAUCACAUUUGGCCGCAGCUGGACACCAUGUCGGCGCUGGACUUUGUCGUGCAUGGAGAUGUGGACGAAGAUAGCGAGACCAACUACCUGGAUGAAGUCGAGAUAGGCCUACCGCAACCGUACACGCUGCGUCUGAUGGACAACCCCCGCCAUAUAGCAAAUGAGACUGUUCACGAUUGGAGGCGAGCAAGGCGACCGCCACCCCUGCACGAAGUGGACAGCCCCGAUAAAAGCCCCGUCCGGACCAGUCCAUCAUCGUCCGUACUACCAGCAGAGCACAGUCGAUGCGCGACACUGUUGACCAGGAUACGAGAAAAGGUGUUCGCGCGCAUGACGACGAAUGAUCACGUGGUGCCAACCACAAGUGACUACUUGGAACCAGACGUCGACAGCAACGACGACGAAGAUGACCAAGACGAAGAACGCGACAGCGAGGGCCGUGAUCGAGUGUCGAAAAAGCGUGACUUGCACACGUUCCUCAUGGGGAGCACUCGCCCGCUUGAAUACGACAUGCUGCCGGCUCCUCUUUCGUCCGAUCCAACUGGUCCCAUCCUUCCGCGCGUCAUGCCGCUGCCAUUUCUCUUCCUGCCACCUCCUCCGUCAUCCAAGCAAGGGCCGACCCUUGCCAAGUGCCUCCUGCCAUCGGUGCCAAAAACCCGGCCACCGCUGCGCAAGUACAAUCAACGGACCAUCUACAACUGCGUCCGGUGCGGCCAAAAGAAGAAAAAUCACACGUGCAACUUCCCCGAAAACGUUCGAUCUGUCGGCACUGCGAUGGCGGCGACGUCCGCGCCUCGUGAUACUGUCUCGCGGUACUACAAGUGCGGCCGGGUUCUCGUUUGCAAAAAGUAGUAGAUGGCGAGGGAUGAACAUGAAGCCGAUGUUGCAUGUAUUCUUUGAAUAAUGCAGCGACAACCAGAGC